AGAACCCCAGAGAUAUCGAGAGAGAGAGAGAGUGAGAGAGAGGAAAAAUGGAGAAGCCAGAAGAAGUAAGCAGCUCAAAGAUGUAUGGAGGAUACAACAAGAGAUACAAGCACUUCAGUCCAACGCUCGGCUGCUCCAUGACCUUCCACAUUUACUUCCCACCUUCAUCUUCACCACAGCUCAAGCUCCCUGUCCUUUACUGGUUGUCUGGCCUUACAUGCUCAGAUGAAAAUUUUAUUGUCAAGUCUGGAGCCCAACGUGCUGCUUCUGGUGAAGGAGUUGCGCUAGUUGCCCCUGAUACAUCUCCAAGAGGCCUUAAUGUGGAAGGAGAGUCAGACAGCUGGGACUUCGGAGUAGGUGCUGGAUUUUAUCUAAAUGCUACCCAAGAGAAGUGGAAAAAUUGGCGUAUGUAUGACUAUGUUGUCAAGGAAUUGCCAAAAGUUCUUAGUGAACAUUUUCAAGAGCUUGAUACUUCACGUGCAUCCAUUUCUGGACAUUCGAUGGGGGGACAUGGAGCCUUGACAAUUUACUUAAAAAAUCUUGACAAGUAUAAGUCAGCAUCUGCCUUUUCACCAAUUGUGAAUCCUAUAAAUUGUGCUUGGGGUCAGAAGGCUUUCUCGAACUAUUUGGGUAGCAGUAAAUCUGAUUGGGAGGAAUACGAUGCCACUUGUCUAGUUGCGAAGUUCAGCAAAUUUUCGACUCCCAUCUUAAUUGAUCAGGGGGAGGAGGAUAAAUUCCUGCAUGAUCAGCUCUUGCCCCAGAAAUUCGAGGCAGCCUGCAAGAGCGUAAAUGCACCGCUCAUCUUGCGGAUGCAGCCUGGGUAUGAUCACUCCUACUUCUUCAUUGCGACCUUCAUCGACGAUCACAUCCGUCACCAUGCCAAAGUUCUUAAUUCCAAGUAAAUUAUAAAUUCGGGGAUUACUUACAUGAAACCUCGCGUGGAUCUUGGAUUGCAGCAUGUGGAUUCUCCUGUUUUUAUUUUAUUUUCUUUUUUCUGGAUUUAGAACUGUCCAACCCAUCUAGAUAUGUGCUACUCGGUUCUACUUUAGACCAUGAUCACAAGUUGAGAAUAAACUUAUGGUGAUUGCAAUAA